UCAGCCAUCUUGUGAGAGCUGUCAAAUUAACCUCCGAAAAGUUAACUUCGUAAAAUGUUCAAAUUACUCAUUGUUGUGAUUUUAAUGAUUGUCGGUAAUAUGUUAGUUUCCGGACUGUCCUGCAAUUCAUGUGGCGUAGAAUGUGCAUCAUCUUGCGGCACCAGAAGAUUCAGGACAUGCUGUUUUAACUAUCUAAGAAAGAAAAGAUCUGACGCUAUUGAGAUACCCAGCCAUAUUCCAGAUGUCGAAUUUUACAAUGCUUACACUCCUGAGGACCUGGAUUGGUGGAACAGCAUCCUAGACAACGGAAGGUCCAAGUUUGAUUUCGAUGAAGAAUAAAUCUACU